AUGAAUGGUUUAAACCAAUAUGAUUGGGUUUGUUAUUCUUCUUCUUUGAAAGGUGCAUUGUGCAAAUUUUGUGUUUUAUUUGAAUCUCCAGUUACCAAAGGAAGUGUCAAAGGAGCAUUUAUAAAAAAUGUUUUUUGUAACUAUAAAAAAUUUCAAGAGCAAGCUAAAGCUCACUUAAGUAGUGAAUGGCAUAAGUUCACAACAUUAAAAUCUAAAGAUUUUAUUUCAAUUAUGCAAAACAAAACAACAAAUGUUCACCAAAUGAUUGAUAACUCGGUUAAAUUAAUGAUAGAGAAUAAUAGAUUAAAACUGAAGUCAAUAGUUUCAUCAAUAUUUUUCCUUGGGACACAUGGUCUACCAUUAAGAGGUCAUUCUGAUGAUUCUGCAUUAUUUAACGAUUUGUUGAAGUUAAGAGUAGAAUGUGGUGAUACUAUUUUAGAGGAUCAUUUUAAAAAUGCCCCAAAGAACGCAAGUUAUUUAUCUCAUCGCAUUCAAAAUAAUUUUAUUACAAUUUUUGGGACGGUUACUUCAAAUAGUAUUUUGGAACAAAUUAAAAAAGCUGAAUGUUAUUCUGUUCUUGCUGAUGAAACAAUGGAUAUAUGUGGAACAGAACAAAUGUCUAUAUGUAUAAGAUAUACUUUUAAUGAAAACGGAUUAACAACUAUGAGAGAAGAUUUUCUGGGAUUUAUAGCUCUUAAUAAAUUAGAUGCAGAAAGUAUUUCAAAUGCCAUUAUUGAGUCUUUGCUUAAUUGGGGCUUAGAUUUAAAUAAAUUAAUUGGUCAAGGCUAUGAUGGUGCCAGUACUAUGUCUGGCCAUAUUAGUGGGGUUCAAAAACGAAUUCAAGAUAGAACUAACAGUGAACAGGUUUUUAAGAUUUUAAUGAAAGAUAUAAAAAAUUAUGCUGAUGAUGUAGGUAUUGACUUUGUAGUACCCAGAAUUUCUUUUAGACAGACUUUAAGAUCAAAUCAUCCUACAAAAAAUCCUAUUGAUUACUACAGAAUUUCAAUUUUUAUUCCAUAUUUGGACUCUAUAAUAUCAUCUUUAAAAUGUCGGUUUGAUGAAAAGAAUGAAGAAGCUUUUUCUAUAUUUUCUCUACAUCCAAAAAAUUUAAAAAAAAUGUCAAUAGAAGAAAUUACUGUACAUCUUAAUCGGAUUAAGAAAUUUUAUGGAGAAUUUGUGGAUAAUAUUGUCGAAGAAGGUUUGAUAUGGUUCAAUUUGUGGAGUUCAAAAGAAGUACCAGAUAUGAUGGAUUUUACAGAUGUUUUAAAAGAAACCGAAUUACUCCCUGCUAUAAAAAUGUGUGCGAUGAUAGCAAUUUCUCUUCCAGCAACAACUUGUAGUGUUGAAAGGUCAUUCAGUUCAUUAAAAAGGUUAAAGACAUGGAUACGUAAUUCAAUAUCUGAAGACAGAUUAAAUGGCUUAGCUUUAUUGUAUAUACAUAAAGACAUUGUUAAAAAGCAAAAACAAAAAAUUAUUGAUAAUGUUAUACAAUCAUUUUGUAUGCAACCAAGACGCAUACAAUUUUUAUUUGAUGACUAA